AUGUCCGUAGACUACCACACCCCACUACAGCAAGCCAAGCGGCCACUCCUCAGCCAGUCCACCCCCGGGGCAAAGACAGAGUCCGUCGCCAGCCCCCCCUCGGCGGCCCAGUUCCCCCUCUCCGUCGGCGGCGGUCCUGCCCUGCCAUCCACCCGCGACAAUGCCCAGAUCGACGUCAAUGCCCUCACGACCAAGUUGAUGGACAUCUUCCGCUCGUCAUACAGCGACAUUGGACCCGACAUCUCUGGCCGCGAACAGCGCAACCUCGCAGGUGCACCACGACCAUUCCCGCCAGCCAGCGCACUGGCAUUCCGCAAACCACCGUUCGUUAGUGGCGUGCCCACACCCGAUCCGCAACCACCCACCGUCGCCGGCGGUCGCUCGAGCCACAGCCAGCACUCGCAACCACGGUCGCCAGAGUCGACCAAGCAGAAGAAGCGGGACCACCGUCGCAGGCCGUCGGAAUCGUACACGCUCAUCCCCGACGACUCCAUCAGCCAGGUCAACUUUAACCGCCGGCGGUCGCCAGACGACGACGACCAGUCCGAGCCUCGAUACGUCCAGCCGCCCAGGAGGCUUGACACAAUGCGGCCCCCGACAAUCGCCCCCUCCGUGACCAUCAUGGGGCCGUCCGAGGAGAACACAAACUCAAAGGACGGCAGCCUCCCAGUCCCAUCAGCGACGUCUGUGCCGAGGAGCGCCCAGAGGUCCGCCACUGUGCAGCCGGUGUACGACGAGGACCCGUUUGACAGUCCUGCCUCAGAGAGCCUGCCGGCGUCAGUGAUCGCGAGGAACAUUCGCUCCGCUCGGCAGGCAGUCGGCGAGCCGGCCGACCUGACACCGGCGUCGUGGGCGCGCCAGGUGGCCGAGUCAACCAAGAUAUCCAACGUGGGGUCCAGGUCCGCAUCCAAGGUGGGCUCGACCAAGGCGAGGUCCAGCAUGACCACCACAUCACCGCCCCGGGCCCGGUCCACCCAUAGUGCCGCCAGGUCGGCCAAGCCCAGCGAGGUGCCCUCGGAACGGUCGCCGCCGGCCGCCCCGCCACAGCAGCUCAAGACGGUCGGCGCACAGAUGGCAGAACAGCGUGCAGAGCAGCGCGCAAAGUCGUUGAUAGGAGCCUCCCACACACCUGCGGUGGCGGGGGCGUCUCGUGCCGCGUCGCGCGUUUCACAGGCUCCCCCGACGUCGGUCUCUCGUGCCCCAGCGUCACGCGUCUCGGCGGCGCCAGCACCCGCCUCGGCAGCACCAGCUUCGCAAGCCCCGUCACGAGUGGUGGCACACUCCCCGCAGCGGACCGCCUCGUACAUUCCCUCACAAGCACCUGCGCCGGAAUCACGGGCACCGAGGUCGGCCAUGUCUCUGACGAGUCAAGUGAGGGAAGCCGUCACCGUCGCCGCGUCGCAGGUCUCCGAGUCGCGGGUUGCGAGCGAGGCUCCGCCGCAUUCGUAUGCUUCAAGAGUUCCGCUUCUCGAGCAUCAGUAUCGCCAGCAGACCCCAGCUCCAGCUCCUCAGGCAGGACUGGGUGUGCCCCAGAGCAGCAAGCGUGCAGCAUCGACUCUCCGCGGCUCAGACGGCGUCAGCCUGCGGUCGCCGUCUGGAGCCUACCUCCCCGAAGACCAGAUGUCCACCAUGCCCGCGAGCAUGGUUGCGUACGAAGCCCGAAUGAAGGACCCGCUGCCACGGAGCAUGAGCGCCAUGAGGGAAGGCCACCAGGUCGACCAUCUGGCGCUCGCCGAGCGUAUCGAGAGCCUGCGCGUCUCCGAGCUGGACGGCGAGCGCAAGCUCGGCGCAGCGAUAAAGAGCAUGGAGUUCAAGGACGAGGCUGUAAGGGCGCUCAAGCUCCAGCUCGUCAGCGAGCGUCUGCGCAACCUGUCGCUGGAGCGUGGCGCCAAGCAGGACCAGGCCAAGGCCGACGCCUACAAGAGCGAGCUGCACAUGGCCACCGACCGCCUCCGCAACGCCUUGGACCAGAACAAGAUCAAUGCCGACGAGUACAAGAAGACGGUCACUGCCCUUGAGGCUACCCGCGCCGCUCUUCUCAACUAUCGGUCCGAACUCAAGGUCCAGCAGGCCAUGCAAAACGGUGUCAACAAAGGUCGCCAAGAGGCAUUUGAGGAGGCCGAGCGCUGGAUCGGGGCGUUCCCUUUACAGACAAACUUCCCCAAACCUUCCAAGAGGAGUAAGCGGCCACGCCAGCCACAGGCUCCCAGUGGCGCAACGACCGAUUUCUACCAGCCACAGGAAACGACGUUCCCUUCCUCCUCGGCCGUGGAACCAUCGCUCGCACAGCAGUACCAGCAACAGGUUCAGGCGCAGGGCGAUACUCACGUGUAUCCCCAGCUGCCCAACCCGGCAGACUACCGGCCAGCCCAGUACCAGGAGGCUCAGCCGUACCAAGGUGGGACCGCUCAAGAGUACUAUGCUGCCGCGCAGCCAGCGCAACAGCAGUACCAGCCAGAGGCCGCCCAGCAGGAAAAGUACCUGUACCAACAGGUUCCUCCCGAGCAAUCCGCUGCAGCGUACCCCCAGGGCCAGCAGCUUGCCGCACAGCAGAGCAGCAUCCCCGGCGACUGGACGCAGUUCCGUGACCAGCCCACCACGUAUGCCGAGUCACAGGCUGCGUACGCGCCUGCUUCUCAGCAGCAGCAGCAGCAACAAGCAGCCGUCUAUCUUCAAGCCGGAGCCCCAGCGUCGACGCAACCGUACCCCACACCAGCCCCGACAUCACAGGCCUACACCUAUGCGCAGCAGCGAUCUGCAGCCGCAGCGACUCCUGCGCCAGUUCGGGAAGUUGUCCUCGUGCAGCAGGAGGCACCUCCUCCGCCCGAGAAGGAGUAUAUCCUUGUGCAGCCACAGCAGACCCAGCCCACCACCCCGGCACCCGAGCGCGUGUACAUUCCUGUCCCAUCGACGCAGCGUGGCACCACUCCUGCGCCGACGGCACCUCCGUCACACCGCGAGGCCAUGUUUGUCCGGCCCGUCAGCGAAGCGCCGCCUACACCUGCCCCAAAGGAGGUGGUUUACAUGGAGGUCGUGCCCCGUCCAGUGUCGCCCGCACCGCCACCUCCCGCGCCAAAGGAAGUUGUCUAUGUGGCUGUCGCUCAGCGUCCCAUCUCCCCAGCUCCCCAGGUACCGAGUUCCGCAAGUGUGGCCAUGCCUCAAGCCCACCCUGUGCCAUAUCAGCGCAGCAACGCCGGUACAUUGGCACCUGCAAUGAUCGCCCUUCCAUCGUCAGUGGCGCCGUCGCGUCCCAUCUCCGCCACCGGUACCCAACCGUCGUCGCUGCGCGUGGCGCCUGCACCCGAUCUCCCCAACUUCACCUUGAUGCCUCAGGCUGGCACCACUCGCCCAUCGUCUGCCGCACCGUCCGCGCGGUCUGCGAGGAUUGCUGUCCCGGCUUACGUCGAGGACGCUCCGCCCACACCCGUGGACGAGAAACCAUUACCGCCACCCAAGACGCCGUCUGUCCUCCACCGCCCUCCGGGAUCACAGGCGUCGGCGGCGCAGCACUCGGUUCCUUCGCGAGGCCCGUCCACACACCCGGGCCACCGCCGUGUCGUGAGCCAGCCCAUGCCGCCGACCAUGCCGGCCCCGCCUACCCCACACGAGAGGGGUCCUCUCGCAACCAUGUCCGAACACCCUAUUCUUGGUAUCCCGCGCGCCGAGGCGUACGAGAAUGGUUACCCGGCCUUUACACCUAGUCGCCCAGGGACUGCCGAGCCCAGUUCCCAGGACACAUCUGCCACCAGUAACGCCCGAUCUGUCGCCCGCAACCGCGUUGUGGCUGGUGCCCUGCGCAACGGGACUGACAUUGGCGACGAUCCGCUGGAGGACAUUACCGAGGAGAAUGCGUCAGCACUUGACGCUGCCAACAUUGAGCCGCCCGCCAAGGCGCCCAUUACUCGCCCUCCAUCCUCGGUGCGCAUCCAAGAGCCCGGCCGAGCGCCCUCGCGUCCGGGCCAGCCGAUGGUUCGCUCGACGCCAGCUGCGCCAAUCACCAACCAACAGUUUGACGCGUUUUUCAACAACAGCAACGGCAACAUUCCUCGCGUGGCAAAGUCGAUGCCACCGCCAAAGGGCGAGCCGCAGUACAGUGGCUCGCUGAGGUCGGCACACCCUCCUCAUGGCCUGAGCAUUCCCGGUCGGCUGGCAGGCAGCGGCGCACCCGGUCCUGGACACCGCAGGGCGCGGUCAGAUUACAGCGGGAGGGACUAUGGCUCUGAACGCCCGUUCUUGAGCCAGCCCCCGGGCAACCAGAAUGGGCUCGGUCUCUCGGGCCUCGAGCGCCUCGACCAGGCCGACCUCGUGCACCACGAAACGGGAGACGGACCAGUGUUCCUCCAACAACCUAACACUAGUCGCGUCAAGACCCCAAACGACUCGGCCAGCCGUGUUGGAUCGUCGGCGGCCCCAUCCAUUAUGGCGUCGGCCCGUGCGUUCUUGCGCCGCGGCGCCGACGUGGCGCACAGUGGUGCUGGUACUGGUACGGGUGGAGCAGGAAGUGCGGGGACGGCGCGCAGCAGGGCCACGAGCUGGUAUCCGCCCACGCGCGAGCAAGAAGCACAAGCGCAAUCAAGGAGCCGGGCGUCAAGGGCCGCCAGCGCCGCCGCCGCCGCCGCCGAUUAUAGGAACUCGAGUAGUACGCCCGCCGCCGUGCCCACCCCGGCACCGGCGCGGGGAUCGCGCAUGGUUCGCUCGGCGUCGCGGCACUCGUCGGGCGCAGGCGUCAACCUCGACGACGUCGCCUCGGCCGCCUACGUCUACCCGUCCAGCGCCGCGGCGCGGAGCGCGCUCUUGUCCGAAUUCGACAGCAGCAGCGUCGGGGGAGGGUACCCUGCCGAAAAGAUCCAGAUCCGACACGACGCCGUGCCCCCCGAGCUCGCGGCAGCAGCAACGGCGGCGUAUGGGCCGGGCGUGUGGGUGCCGAAACCCGCGGCAUCGCACCAUUCGAGCGCCGCGUCCGUGAAAUGA